AUGCUUAAAACCACAAACCACACUGCUAAAUCCAAAUAUAUUUUACCUGCAAAUCGAGUUUUAUCCACGCCUGAACUAGUAAUCCAUAUUUUUUCUUUUUUACCAAUCGAAUCGCUUCUCAACUCUAGAGAUGUAUGCCAACAAUGGCGUGCGAUUUUAAAUUUCCCAACAGAAUGCGCAAAAUAUCUAAAAAAAGAAAUUAGAAAACAUCAUGAAUCAAUAGAAUACAUUGUACAACUUCAGAAAGAAUCUUUUGACAUAAUACAAGAAAACAAACAAUUGCAACGUGAAAGUUAUCGUCUAAAGGAAGAAUUUCAGCAAAGAGUUGCAGUGUUGGAAGAUGAAAUUGACGAAUUAAAAGGAAAUUUGAACAAUACAAAAUACUCAAAGAACAGCUUUACACAAACAAUCUUUAAUUAA